CGACGCCGACUUCGGGCGUUCGUGAUCCGGCGACGAGUGUAUAUAAACGCCCGGCACGCUGGCAUCCACUCAAAGUGUUUCUUGAAACUGACCGGGCGCGAAACGAAAUCGCAGAAUAUUCUCAAACUAAAAUUGCAAAACCGCAAAACGUUAACCAAUAAGUGUAUCUGUGAGAUACGCAGUGCCAAAGCAAACACAGUUUCUAAAUCGACGUUCCACAACAGCCGCUUCAAUCAAAAGAAUGAAGUGCCAACUGCUUUUCGUGGCCACCGUGUGCCUGGCCAGCGUUUGGGCACUGCCCGUGCCCGACGAGGAGGUGGCCAUCCAGCCGGACAACGCUGCCAAGGCCGAGCUCCUCACCAAGACCGUGCUGCCCACCGCCGUUGAGCCUGCACCCUUGAAGCCCGAGGCCGAGAAGCCGGCGGAGACCAAGACCAUCGAAGCCAAGGCCGCCAUUCCAGAGCAGCCCGCCGCCAUCGCCAUCGCCACCGCCACCGCUCCCAUCACUCCUGCCGCCGCCGCCGAGCCAGCCAAGGAGAUCAACAGCGUGGAGCUGAAGUCGAGUGCGCCGGACGUAGAGACCGCUCCAGCCAUUCCCGAGAAGAAGACCCUGCCCGAGGAGACCAAGCCCGCCCAGGAGACAGCACCCAUCGAAGCCGAGAAGAAGCAGGAGAAGACUGCACGCACGGAGGCGGAACCCGCUGUCGAGGCUCAGCCCCAGGCCACCAAAGCCAUUGAACAGGCCCCCGAAGCUCCGGCCGCCAAUGCCGAGGUGCAGAAGCAAGUUGUCGACGAGGCCAAGCCCCAGGAGCCCAAGAUCGAUGCCAAGUCCGCCGAGGAGCCAGCCAUUCCCGCCGUAGUCGUCGCCGAGAAGGAGACACCCGUGCCCGAGCAGCCCGCCCGCCAGGAGAGGAUCAACGAAAUCGAACAGAAGGAGGCCAAGAAGGACGCUGCUGCUGCCCCAGAGGAGCCAGCCAAGGCCGCUGAAGCCGCACCCACCGCCGCCCCUGAAGCUCCCAAGUCCGAUUCCAACAUCCAGGUGAUUGCGCCCGAGAAGAAGUCCAUCGAGUCGUCGCCCGCCGUCGCAGCUGCUUCUCCUGCUGCCCAAGCCGCCCAGGCCAAGUCCGGUGAGGCACCCAAGCCAGUGGACCAGCAGAAGAGCACCGAAACCGUUGCCGAAUCCGCUCCCGUCCUGAAGACCACUGCUCCAUUUGCUCCGGCCGGUGCCACCAAGCUGACGGAGGCCGUCAAGGAGCAGGAGAAGGAACAGCCAGCCGCUGAUACCGCUACCAAGGCCCUGCCCGAGCAGAAGAAGACGGAGGAGUCUGCCAUCCCAGUUGGAGCACCAGAGCCUGCCGCCGCCGCCGCCGCUCCCGCUGCUGCCGUGCCCGAGGCCAAGAAGAUCGAUGAAGCACCAGCUGCCGAGCCUGUGGCCAAGGGACAGGAGGCCAUUGCCGAGCCCAUUGCCCAGACACCAUCGGCCGAGCCCAAAAAAUCGGAGGAGGAGAAGUCAGACAAGUCCGAGUCCAAGGUCGAUGGGUCCUCGGAGUCCAAGGAGUCGGAGGAGAGCAGCGAAUCGAAUGAGAACUAGGGAUAGUAAGAGCUUUACAUCUACCACCUUGCCUUAACCCAACACCGCACCACCCGCACCACCAACACCACCAGCACCACCAACACCACCAGCACCACCAAUCCUCCCGAACAUCGCACCACUGCUACGCCUUGGCAGCGUCUUAAUAUUACGAUCGUAGUUAGUGGUAUCCUUAGUUGUAAAUGGAGCAGAACGAAAUGACACACAACAACAACAACGUAGAAUGAACAUGAAGGGCAGAACUGUGGAGAGGAUGGCGCCCCCAGGAUCAAUAGAACCAAGUGGUGGAUCGGAAGGUGACCGACCACGCGUAGGCAUAACAAUUCAAUACACAACAAACAGGACAAACCGCUAAGAUGGCAUAAAGUAAUACUUAUAAUUAUAAUUUAAUUAAUGUAAUCUUAAUUAAAUCUUAGUCAUUGCAAGACAACCACCCGGUAACCAAACCCCCACCCACCCCCCAAAAAAAAAAACUCAUAGAUCAGCCUACCUAACCAUGUCCAAACCAAGACCAAGACCAAGUUCAAGACCAAGUCCAAGUCCAAGUCCUUUCGAGAAAUAACAAACCCGAAACGAUGCCAGCACUCGAUGAGUAUCGCCUAUGAUACAUUAUAAAUGAAAAAAACCUUUUUUUUUAUUUGAGCUCUAACAUAAUGAAACUACAUUUAAUAACGAUAGUGUUAUAACGUAUAUAUGAGAAGAAGUAUAUAUGCUUUUAUAUAGACUGAGAAAAUUCUUAAAUAAAAAUCGAAAAACUAAA